AUGCUGAAUAGCAGACAGGCUAGAUGGGUGGAGAACCUUGCAGCAUAUGAUUUUACAUUGGAGCAUAGGCUGGGAGCUUGCAAUCCAGCAGAUGCUCCAUCACAGCAACCUGAUUAUAAGCUGACAGAUAUGCAAGAACAUCAGAUGGACAUGUUACCUAUCUUACAGUGCAAACUGGCACUAGAAAUUGUCAAGUCAGAGAAUCCCUACAAGAAACCUGCUGAUUUGUGGCAAGAGGCCAGACCAGGGGCAGGAACAAGCUGUCUGGAAAGCUUGAUUCCUAGAAUCAUAGUCAUUGAGGCACAAGAAGAUGAGAAUGUUUAUGGCUCAGUCUCAGGAAGCAUGGGUGGUCUGCUCUGUAAGCUCCAGAAUGGGGAUGCCUGGUCUGCUGAGCUGUGUGUGGUUUUGAAUUCCUCUACUGAGUCAGCAUUCUAUUGGCAAGCAGGCUGA